AUGCAAAAUACACUAAAGAUAUUUUGCAUUUUCCUGAUUGUUAUCUUCACUGUGUCUUGUGGUCUUUAGGCUCCUCAGAUGAAAACAAAAGAAGAUGCAGAAAAAACACAGAACAAUUUGGUCCAAGGUUCAUGAAAGUCUGGCUGUAACUCUUGGGAGUGUGUCUAUAAUUAUUGUGACAUUAAGUGCUGCUGUGUGGUGUGUGAAUAUGAACAGCCAAGAGUGGGAGCCUUGACUGCUCCCAAGGCUACAACUUAA